AUGUCGCAACCAGGGGUGAAAGUAAGCCAGUACGGUCCGGUACCGUGUACCACUAAAAGAUUCUGCGCCAGCUCCAGCAGAGCCGGCAAUGCCGUCACCUCCUCUUCCCGCCUGAAUAAAGAGGCCUCUGCCGUGGAAAUCACCACUCAGUUUGGCCUUUCUACUCCUAGAUCCCUCAUCUCCUGGGCCGUGUGGAUGGAUGCCGGCACCCAGAUUUUCUUCUCCUACGCCAUCUGUUUGGGCUCUCUGACGGCUCUGGGCAGCUACAACAAAUACAACAACAACUGCUACAGAGACUGCCUUGCGCUGUGCUGUCUGAACAGUGGGACCAGCUUUGUGGCGGGGUUUGCCAUUUUCUCCAUCCUGGGCUUCAUGUCUUAUGAGCAGAACGUUCCCAUCUCGGAGGUGGCAGAGUCGGGCCCGGGCCUGGCCUUCAUCGCCUACCCUCGUGCUGUAUCCAUGAUGCCCUUCUCUCCCCUGUGGGCUUCACUCUUCUUCAUUAUGAUCGUUUUUCUGGGGCUGGACAGUCAGUUUGUAUGUGUGGAGAGCCUCGUGACGGCGAUAGUGGACAUGUAUCCCACCGUGUUUCGACGAAAGAACCGCAGAGAGCUCUUCCUGUUAGCCGUGGUCCUCUUCUCCUUCCUCAUGGGCCUCAUCAUGCUGAUGGAGGGUGGCAUGUAUGUCUUCCAGCUGUUCGAUUACUAUGCAGCGAGCGGCAUGUGUCUCCUCUUCAUGUCCAUCUUUGAGACUGUCUGCGUCGCCUGGGUUUACGGCGCGGAUCGUUUUUACGACAACAUUGAAGACAUGAUUGGCUACCGCCCGGGACCCUACAUCAAGUACUGCUGGUUGUUCUUCACCCCGGCCACGUGCAUUGGUACCUUUGCCUUCUCCCUCAUAAAAUAUACCCCUCUGAAGUACAACAAUGAGUAUGUGUACCCAUGGUGGGGCUACGUCAUCGGUUGGCUGCUGGCUCUCUCUUCCAUGGUCUGCAUCCCGUUUUGGAUGCUUUACAAGAUCAGCACAACCCAAGGAACUCUCAAAGAGCGGAUCCAGUUGCUCAUCACGCCAUCUGAUGAUUUACCCAAAACCAAGAGGGAGCAGGAGAGGCUGCUGGUCAUCUUUGCCCCCGAUGGAGACGUCACGACAACCGUAAACAGCUACUUUCCUGUCUCGGAAAAAGACUCCAACUUAUAAAUCCCCUCCAUUAAGGACUUGAAUGGACCCUGCGUGGGUUACUGAAGAUAACCAGAAAACACAACUUCAUGUACUUUAAUGCAGUUUUUUUAAAGGACUUAAGAUUGAGCCUAUUGA